GGGUGUAUGGUGAUGUACAACGUGUAAAGAUUCUCUACAACAAAAAGGAUUCAGCCCUGAUUCAGAUGGCUGAACCCUACCAGGCGUAUUUGGCUAUGACCCAUUUGGACAAGCUCCGUAUCUGGAACAAAGCGAUCCGCGUGAUGCCGAGCAAACAUCAGGCGGUGCAGCUACCGAAGGAGGGCCAACCGGAUGCCGGCCUGACCCGCGACUACGCACAAAAUCCGUUGCACCGGUUCAAGAAGCCGGGCAGCAAAAACUACCAGAACAUCUAUCCACCGUCAGCUACACUGCAUUUAAGCAACAUUCCAUCUACCGUAACCGAGGACGAGAUCAAGGAAGCCUUCACCAAGAACAGCUUCGAUGUGAAAGCUUUCAAGUUUUUCCCGAAGGACCACAAGAUGGCCCUCAUACAGCUCAGCUCAGUGGAGGACGCCGUGUGUGCGCUGAUCAAGAUGCACAACUACCAGCUGUCGGAAUCGAACCAUUUGCGCGUCAGCUUCUCGAAGUCCAACAUCUAA